AUGCUUAGAUUCUCAUUUUCAAUGCCCAUUCCGUUUUUCAAGGUCAAUGUCCGUCAGCAAGGGGAAGUCGGGCAAGCAACGUCUCGUAUCAAAGACUGUGUCCCACCGAUCUCUCUUCCAAUCCCUCACUGUCAUUCAACGUCGCCGUUGCAGGCAUACAUACGUGCCCACCAUCGUCUGCAACUGGGGAGUAUACAUCCCAACGCAACUGCUCUAUCGUACUACCACAUCUUCGUCUCUACACUGUUAAGGUCAUCAGCUUGUUCUGGAAUAUUCACUUGA